AUGGCGCUCCACGCCUCCCACCCUUUCCUCCGCAUCCUCGUCUCUCUCUCCCUCCUCGCGACGCUCGCCUCACUCGCCGCACUCGUCGGCGCGCAGCCGCAGCAGCGCGGCAUAGUGGAUCUGAAGACUAUUCCUGAGAAUUCCGUGUCGUCGUGGUCCCUGCAGGGCCCGCCAUCGAUGCGCAAGGAGAGCAGUCCGGGGCAGUUCAAGCUGGUGGGGCCUGUCGUUAUCAACGUGCUUAAGGCCGUCCGGCCGGAAUCCACGCCCAUCCAGGCUGAGUGGCUGUCCUCCAAUCUGACGUCAGAUCCUGCCACGUGGACAGCUUCCAUAUCUCCGCCUUCAGGCGCCAACGAGUUCGCAAACCUGACCUUCCAGGAUCCCGUCGUGCAGAUCUGGGGGGGUUCUUUCAACAUAGACAACACAACGAGCGACUAUUCCUUCAAGCCCAACAACACGAGGCUGGUCUUCUCCCGCGUGACUGGCACGCUGCUGCGAUCUGACGUGGACAAGCAAAAUGUGGUGAUUACUCUGCCUGCAGGAAACAUCCCAACACUGAAUGGGAAAUUCAUCCGAAGGGGCCCUGUCUUUGAGCUCAUUUCUGGAGGCGAGCUUGACAUUCCACUCCGUGCAAUGGUUGUUGCCCUAGGAGUGGAACCAGGCCCUCCUCCUCCUGGGCCCAAUUUCCCUGAUGAGGUGAUCAUGCGGUUCAACCUCAGUCUGCAGGCCAUUGGUCGGCAGCCUCCCCGAACCAUUGGAGGGCGUCCCGCACCUGCUGGUCCGGGGAGGGAGCCUCCUCCUCUGGCUGGUGUCCCUUCCGCUGCUCCUGCUCCUGGCCCUGCUCCUACCCCAGCUUCUGAGGAAUAUAUUCUUUAG